CCAAGCCCGAGCCACAGCAGUUAAUACCGAUAAGUCCAUAAUUAGUGGCCCAUCCCAAUCGCCCACUCCCACCACUCCCACUAUCACAACCACCACCGCAGCCACAUCACCAAAAUCAACCCCACCCACCAAACAGAACGAGCCGCCUCAACUUCCCAAAUCAUCUUGCAGCAAAAUCAAAACCCUGUAACUCCAGAUCGAUUCAGAGCAUCCGCUGGCGGAAACGAAGAACCACCACCCCAAUCCUUUCAACCCCCAAUUCCCCAAUUGCAAAUUCCGCCGCCAUGGCCACCUCCCAUACCCCUCGUGCUGUGUCGGCUCCUGGUAAGGUCCUCGUGGCCGGGGGUUACCUAGUCCUAGAUGCCGAUUACAAUGGCUUGGUGUUCGGCCUUGACGCACGCAUUCAUGUUCACGUUGAGCCAAUUCGUACUAAAUCUGGAGUGUCGUUGAGUGAGAUCACGGUGCAAAGCCCUCAGUUCAAUGGCGCCCAGUGGGCGUAUGGAUAUCGCCUGCUGGAGAAGGAUGGCGGCGUGGGAGUGACCCAGCUUGCGGUCUCACAUGACGUCCCUCUAUCCCGGAACCCAUUCAUCGAGACCGCCUUGACAUACGGCCUCUCCUACAUCAGCACUCUCCUCCCUGACACCCCCAUCGCCCCGUCCUCCAUCAACAUCCUCGCCUCAAAACCCUACUACUCCAACCCAGGCACGCCCUCCACCACCAACCCCAACUUCCUCAACUACAAUGCCACCCUCUCGGAAGCCCACAAGACGGGCCUUGGAUCCAGCGCCGCACUCGUGACCUCCUUCACCGCCGCCCUCCUAUCCUACUACCUCCCAGCAUCCAAGUUCACCACCACCACCGACGAUGGGCUGCGCGUCCUCCACAACCUCGCACAGGCCGCCCACUGCGCCGCCCAGGGAAAGGUAGGCUCCGGCUUCGACGUCGCCUCCGCGGUCUACGGAUCGUGUCUGUACCGACGGUUCUCACCGUCCCUGCUGUCCGGAUUGCCGUCGCCCAAGGAUUCCGGAUUCGCUACGGAAUUGAGGGCCCUGGUCGAGGGCGACAGGUGGGACACUUCGAUCGCGAAGGCCGCGAUCAAGAUGCCCAAGGGCCUGAGGCUCGUCAUGUGUGAUGUCGACUGCGGGUCUGAGACCCCCGGCAUGGUGAAGACGGUGCUGAAGUGGAGGGAACAGAAUAAGGAGGAGGCGGACCGGGUUUGGAAUGCUCUGCAGCAGGGCAAUGAGGCUUUGGCGAGGGAAUUGACGAGGUUGGCGACUGAAGAUGAGGGCAGCAGCGGAGAGGGCAAGUAUGAUGCGUUGAGCAAGAUCAUCUUGGGGAACAGGAAAUUGAUUCGCGAGAUGGGUGUGGCGUCGAAGGUACCAAUUGAGCCUCCGCAGCAGACUGCUCUUCUGGAUGCAUGCUCGAAGAUCCCAGGAGUUGUUGGAGGUGUGGUCCCCGGAGCUGGAGGUUACGAUGCCAUCGUGCUUCUCUUGGAGGAUCGCGAGGAGGUCAUUGCGGAGCUGAAGAACCUGGUCUCGAACUAUUCUGCUACUGCAAAUGAGGUGGCAGUGGUUGAUGGACAGGACGACUUCAAGAUUGGCAAAGUAGGAAUUCUUGGAGUAAGAGAGGAUAUGGUUGGCGUGAGGGAUGAAGAUGCCUCGCAGUAUCAAGAGUGGACUGCCACGAACUAAGACGAUAUGACCAAAAUAGUUUUCUUUCUCUUCAGUCGGUCAAGAUAGAUUUCAACGAUCAUAGCAAUGAGUGACGAAUGUACUUGAUUCCUUCAAACAAA